ACUGUGUGAAUAGCUCUGAGAGUGAAGGAGUGAAGACAAAAGUUCAACAUAGCUUUUCUGUGUUUAAAUUUAGGAAGGGCAGAGACAGUAUUGCAGCAUCUGAGGCACGAACUCGGAAGUGAACAAUGCAUAUUGUUUGUUGCAGAUUCUAACAUCCCUUGUAUGCAUUCACAAGUUUUCUCUUUUAACUUUCCCACCACCUUUACAUGUCAACAAAACAUUCCACAAACACUCCUUAAUUGCACAUAGGCACUUACCCAAUCAGAGCCAUGAGUUGUCUCUGGUAACACGCUCUUCCUCCAGUCAGGGCCAUCAUCACAAGGCCAUCACACAGCUUACUUGACUUUGCUUUUUUCUUCUUCUGGAGAUGUCCUUGGUUCUCAGUGUCACUUUCUCUUGCUGUUUAUUUUGUUCCACAGCUGCUGCUCUGAAUAGUCUUUCUUGUAUUCCCACAGAGUAUGACUCAGCUGAAAAAAUGCUGGGAUUAUUGCAGGAUGAUACACUGAAAGCUCUGACUGUACCAGCACAUUCUGCACUCAUGUCAGUCUGCCUUCCUCCAAGAGGUUGAGUUGUGUCUGCCUAUUUGACCUCGUGAGCGCAGCGCCUUGCUAUGAAUUUUUCCAUCCCCAAACUGCUCUUUUAUCUCAUUGCAAAAUUAAAAAGUUUUGUAAAUUGUCAAUACUUCAAUUGUCUACAGGCUCAUAGGAUACAUAAGGAUUGUAAUAGAGAAGGAAGAGUUGAUUUCCAAGUUAAUGAAGAGUGUUAUCUUGUUCAUUUAGUAGUGCUCUACCUCUGAAUAAGCAGAAAGAUUAUUGACUGCCUCUGGGAGUAGUUGAUGUCUGUGCUAAUCCUAUGGUUCCUGCAGGGCAAUGGGCACGAGGAGGUAAUUGCCUGUGCAUGGGAUGGCCAGACAUAUAUCAUCGACCACAAUCGUACAGUUGCCAGAUUUCAAGCAGAUGAGAAUGUCAGUGCAUUCUGUGCAGGCCUAUAUGCAUGCAAACAAGGAAGCAACAGUCCCUGCCUGGUUUAUGUCAGCUUCAAUCAGAAGAUCUACAUCUACUGGGAUGUGCAGCUGGAGAGAAUGGAGUCCACCAACCUGUUAAAAAUCUUGGAGAGUGACCCAGAGUUUGGCAGUCUACUGCAGGAGCUGGGUGUAGAAAAAAGUGAUGUUUCUGCAAUCCAAGAUCUGAUUUACAAAACACUGUAUUUUCCUGAGAAACUACAGCCUAACAGCUCUUUGCAGUGUCAGAAUCCUGGAACAGACUCCACUGCCUACCACACUGUCAUCCAGAAUCCCUUACAAGACUCAAGGUGAACAUCUUCCAUCCCAUUGGAAACUCUUCUGACUGGAACUGAGCAUUCACCCUGCAUGAUAAUAUUCUCAGCUUGUCUCUUCUAUUUCAGCUGAAUUUGAAUGGGAGUAAUAGGCUCAUCUGCUGUAUUACCUCUGUAUCUUUUGUAUAAAGUUUUAUUGGACAUGCAUGGAGGACCAUUAUGGCAGCCUGAGAGAAUUGUGUAUGAGAGCAAAUAUUAUUAAUUUGGUGAUUUUGUGCUAGUAAAUGAUAACACUUAAAGAUCUUGAAAGCUGCUUUUUGAAAGCUUGCUGUGCUAUGUUCUGCAAAAUAUCCAAGAGCUGUCCUAACAGGGAGAAUUAAUUUUGUAUGGAGGAAAAGGAUCUCUUGCCAUUGGGUCAAAAAAUCUGUUGUUCUUGUGUGGGAGAACAGAACUUUUACAUAAUACUACAGCUUUUUUUUUGUUUUUUGUUUUGCAAUUUCCAUUUAUAAAUUUAUGAAAUAUUUAUAAAGGACAGCAUCAGUCCUCUGAAUCUUAUGGCUGUGAAAAUUGAAGCACAAAGCAAUAAAUUGAUACAGCCUGCUUUGUAACAGUGAGCAUUCCUAUUACUUCUCAGAACAGCAUUCUUGCAUGUCUGACCACUCUGUAAUUACAGUGGAAGUUUUUCUCCAUUUUAAUGACCUCCUGAAGUAUUUUUGCAUGCUCCCAUAUAAUACUAAGUGCUUGUAUAUAACUGGACUAAUGAGGCAGGAGCUCUGAAGUCGCAGUAGUGCUUUGGUACCAGUGUUGCUCAAACUAGUGGAUGUUUUGAGCAGCAGGGCUUGAAUUUGUUAUCUAUGGAGAGUUGACAGAGUAGGAACCACAUACUAAUGGGAUAAAUAAGCAGUUGUUUUGGGGGCUGCUUAGCUCUGGAGUGUAAUUUCAGGGAGUUCCAUCAGCUUUCAUGAUGCAGCCAUCUGUCUGGCUGGGCAGUCACAAUACAGAGCAUAUCCUUAGCUGCUGGCAGAUAGUGUGACUUGGGCUCUCAUCAUUUUUAUUGUGCUUUCCUAAUGAUGAUGAGUCCUGUACUGGCUAUUAAUUAGGUCAUAGUAAAUUGGUCUCCCUCUAAUUUCAGGUUUCUGUUUCCGACAACCUAGAACUGCUGUUCUGAUUGCCAGAACAAGUGAGAAUUCUCACUUUUCUCAGAAUUUCAGGUGAAGCAGUAGCAACUACCGUUCUCUCUUCUCCUGUGGCCCAGCUAUAGAGGUGGGAUGAAUAGGCUGGUUUCUUUGUACUCUGAGAUAUGUUCCUAACCCUAUUGCUACUUGAUUUUAAUCUUCAGAAUUAAUGGACCUGACACUGAGGGACCACAGUGGAAUAGAGUUCUGCAACGCAGGUUGCUGAAAACAUAUAAUAGAACAACAGGCACAUGUGUCUUGGCAUGUGCUGUCCUAUCCCUAAAACAAAAUGCUGCUCUUCAUCUAUGUUUGGUUGUGUAUUUCCUCCUCAUACUUGCUUAAUUCUGUGGCCUCUGCCUCCUACAUUGGGGACAUAAACAGGAUAAUUACAAAUAACACCAAAGUCUGUGUACAGCUGCACAGGUGAUGGACUCUUGCUGUAUGUGCUUUGAUGAAAAUGGAGCACUACCACAACUUGUGCCUGCCAUGGCCCUACUUAACAUCUUGUUUGGCUUUAGUAAGGCAAGCAGUUUCCACAGAAGUACUCUUCUUGAUCCCAUGUAGGGAUCUCAGAGGUUCCUGCAACAAUUGCCCGGAACAUUUCAUUUGUCACCAGUUGAGCUAAUAUGUUAGCUAGGUCCUAUAGGCUAUUGCAGUGCUAGUACAUUAAAACUUCCCAACCCAUAACAGCAAAAGAAGAUUGUCUACACUCGUUAACAGAGAACAACUCAGUGCUGGCAGUUUAUGCCAAAUAGAUAGCUUUCUUAGCAACACAAACACAAGAGGGAUGCAAAUGGUUGUAUGACUGAAACUGAUUUAUGCAAAACAAAUUUUGCCGUACAGGUCAAAUAAACAGAUAGUUCAAAUUGAUCUACUGUUGAAAUGUUGAUUUAUUUUAGUCAAAACAGGAAAGCGUUAAUGUAGAUGAAUGACAUUUUUCUAGGAACUAUCUUAAGAAGAAAAUAUGACAAAACAUGUAAAUGUUGCAACUUGUGCAGCUUAGGGCUUUUCUCCUGUUGGAUAUCAUUGCUUUGUGCAGUGUAAACUCAAGAAUGCUUCUUUGUGGAAAACAGAGGUCAGAAGGUAUGGACGCUGUGUAUCAUGGUUGUCCAACUUUUUUGCUUGCCUGGGCCAUACUGAAUGAAUGGGAAUCAUCUUGCGCCGCAUCUAAAAUAUUUAAUAAUGUAUAAAGUCUCAUAAUCAGGCAUGAUAAAAUUUUUGAGUAUUAGAUUGCAGCUACGUACAAAAUUCACAGGUAGUGUAUUUAGAUUGACUGAAAUGGAGUCCCAAAUACAAAAAAAAAAAAAUUUGUUUUUCUUUAAUCUCAAAGCCUAUUCUCAAAUUCUUUUUUCAGAACUGAAAGCAAGGCUGCAUAUUUUUCACUGUUCACAGGACCGUGUUUAAGCCAACAUAUCAAAAUGCAUGAAAUUACUUGAAGUAGCUUCAGCUUGCCAUAAUUUAAGUUUUAUUUCAAACACAGUUAUGUUGGAAACACAGCAGAUGAGAUCAUUUUCAUCUUGAAGCUGCAUGUUAAACUCAUUUAAAUGAGUGGCCAAAUCUGUCAAAAAUGCUAAAUCUGCGAGCCAUUUUUAAUCUUCACGUUCUGACACAAAUUAUCCUUCUGACUCCACAAAGGACUUAAUUUCAUUUCUCAAAUCAUACAAUACUUUUAUUGUUCUACCUUUGCUUAGCCACCUGGCUUCAGAAAAGUAUAUGAUGUCCCCAUAAUCAGCUUCCUUACUUUUAAGGAAUUCCUGGAAUUAACGAUGAUUCAAUCCCUUAUUAUGAAAUACAGAGCUUUGAUGAUGUUUUUGAAUUACAUUAUCAAUUUUUAAAGCUUUCUCACAUAAAUUUUCUUGAUGUUUGAUGCAACAGUAUUUCAUUGUGUGAUUUUUCUUGUGGCAACUGCAUUAUUUUCUCUUAAUUUUUUAAGUCCCUUUUCUUACCAGCCAUUAUUAGGGUGCUAUCAGUAGCUUUAACAAAUAUGUUGACAAAGGUUAAAGAAAAUUGCUUGAAUGUAUUUUUUUACUGUAUCAUACAAAUGGGGAGAUGUAGUUGUGUCUUUUAAAGACACCAAAGAAGCCAUUUCUUCAGUGACAUUAUAUUCUUUAAUCAAUAUUACAAAAAUGGCAGGUAGAUUCGUAUCUGUAGCAUCAAUACUUUUAGCACUAAAGCAAAAAAAUAUGAAAUUAGUAAUUUUACUCUCCAUAUUUCUUUUGAAAUUUUCUUUAUUCCUUUUUCUUCUAUUCACUUGGCUGUAGUCUAGCAAGACAAACUGAUUUUAGAAAAACCUGCUUUGGACAUAUUAUGUGUGCCAUGUUUCCAUACAUUGCUUAAUAAACUCUUCAGUAAAUGGUUU